AUGGUUUUCGCGAGCUACGCUAUCCAUCUCCCGCCAGGACUGCCACCUAAGCCCGCGGCCAACGCCCUAUUCCACUGCAUCACAUCUGCAAUCAUCGAGCUAGGCAUGUCACCCGGGAAUGUUCGGAUACUCUAUGAGCUUGGCAAAUUCGAACUUCUGGCAUCCCUGGAGCUACGUUGUUAUCGCCCGGUCUUCAGUACUCUGGAACGCAGCUUCCAGCCUUCUUCACAGUUCAAGAGAUUGCGAACUUUGAAGGUCGUUGAUCUGAAGGCGCUCGGGAGAGACGAGCUCUCUUCUUCCAGAAGAUCGAUCUUGGAAGACAACUGUGUCAUUGAACUGACCACACGCAUCAUCGUCUUUGGCAUCCCAGAAUCUGCCAUGGAAUAUGGCGCCACCAAAUUGGACAAGGACGCGAGGAAAUUGCUGGAUCGCGUGCAGGAAUGGACGCCGGAGAGAAAUCUUGAAGUAUCGGUUUGGCCAUCUCAGAGCAUGGUACAACUAGCCCGCUUGCGCGCGAACGAAUGUCGGCUCGAGAUCAAGUCUAAUAAGCUACUUAGCCUACGCUAA